AUGAAGCAAGCUGUCAGUAAUGUACGCAGAUUGUCUUCUGUACGGCAAACAAAGUCGUGUGGAGACUUGCCCAAUUUGUUGAAUGUGGAGGAUGACGAUUCUUAUGGUGAAUAUGAGGACGAAGAGAACGGGACGACCAACAACUAUUCGAGCAGUUAUUCAAACGAUGCAGACGUGUCUUCAUCUUGUGACGAAGAGGAGGAGGAUAAUUUCUAUUCUACUCGUAGCUGGGAUAGUUAUGAUCAAUCUUCUUGCUCCGAAUCUGUUUCAUACUCGUCUUAUUCGGAGGAAAGCAAUGUCAGCUUCUCUACAUCUUCUGCCACAACAGCUUUCUCGCUUGUUGGCAAAACUGUUCGUGUUGUUUCAUUCAAACAGUCGAAUAUGCGACUUAAUCCUGAGAAUAUUCGAGAGUCUAAUGUAACCGAGGUGCCAAGAUCUUCACAACACAAAGACGAGUCGUCUUCACAAGAUGAGUAUUUUAGGGCAACAAAUGAACUGUCGUCCAAUUCGUCGGAAAUGUAUUACUCUGAUGCAGUCUCUGAAGAAAAGGUGGUAGAUUCUAUUAAAUAA